AAGCACCAGGCCAACUGUUGUGCUCUGAGCCUCCUUCAUUAGUCUCUCAGCUUUGAGGACUGUAGCUGUGUCCUAGUAACUCUUUUAAACUGUUCUCUGAGGGAUGCCUUAUCCUUUGUCUUCAGGUUAUAAAUUUUGUCACAAUCCUGACUUGUUGGAAGAUCUCCAUCUAACUAACCAUGUGACUUCUAAGACACCACACCAGUGAUGAUUUACAGGCGCCCUCGCGGUUCAGCCAUUCAACAGGACCCGAGUUUACAGGAACAGCGAACCGAGCAGCGGAGCGCAGCGCCCGGCGAGCGCGCUUACCGCGGACCGGCAGCUGAAAGCACGGGACGCGCUGCACAAGUCUGGGCUCUUUUCCGCACAAACCAGCAUGGACCGGCGGUAGACCUAUGGCCUCACCGAGGCACAAAAUCCCGUCUUUUAAUUACGCGAGAAUUCCCGAAUUUGAAUGUGUUGUAGAUGUUUGGGAGGCGUCGCGGUGGCAUUUCUUGUCGCCGUGGUGUCUCCACUGCUGCUGGAAUGUACCACAACAUGUCAGGUGGUAAAUCAAACUGGUUACGUGGGGGGACGCUGCCCUGUGAAGCUGACCUCAGUCAGGUCCCAUGGGUCUGGGGGGAUUUACUCAGAAUGCGUCACCAUCAGUGUUUGGAUGAAGGCUGACGACCUCUCGAAGGCACCAAGGAUUAAAAUCCUCUCCCCUCCCGACCUCAGCAAGAUAUUUAGGCUGACAGAAGGAGGGAAUAGGGACAGAAAUAAAACAAAAAAGAGUAACAAUGAAAGCAAACAGCGUGAAACCAGAGUCAGGUGUGGCAGGGGCGGCAUGCAGCUGUCGCGACAUAUCAACACCAGUUUUGCUCUGUUGGUUCACGAUUGUGUCAGUGCUGAGGCGGGAGGUGUUGUUUCUGUGUCCUACAACACAGCAUCCACCAGCUGCAGCGUCAGUUACACCGUGCCGGAUCCCGUACCGGACUUUGAUCUGUCUGUGAAUCUGUCGUCUAAAUCCAUUGCCGUCACUGUGGAGCCUGGAGACAAAGUCCACACCAGGUGGUGUUACCAAAGUGGAGGGGGAUGCAUCGGCGGACAACAUUCCCCUCAAACUACUAUUGAUCCGUCGCACUCUCGAUCAGCUCUUCUUCACGUCCCUUACAUGCUGCCCUGUGUCUGCGUGCAGGUUUAUUACACCUAUACUGAUUCCCGUCGACACUUAAAGUGCCCGUUUCAAAACCAAAGCCUCGCAGAUGUCAGAGAUCUUUGGCUCUCCUCAGAAGUCAAGCCACUUGAGUCCAGUGUCAAGUUUGAAUCAGUGUGUCCAGCCAGCAACCUGAAGAUCUCUGCCUCCCUCUGCUGGAGGCAACACGAACACCUCUGCACACCUGUGCUCAACUCCACGCUGGAGGAGACAGGAGAGGACUUGACAUUCAGCACAACUGCGGUGGACAGACACCCUCAGAUGUGUGUGCAGUUUUCUCUACGAGGCAGCCAUCAUGUCUCUUGCCCAUUCCAGGCUGAUAUGUCCACAUGGGAGGUGUAUAUCGGACCCGGCAGGCAGAGCGUGUCUUUGUUUCUCACCUCUUCUGUUCCAGCAGAGUUCUCAGCUCAGCUCUGUGUUCUUAAUGAGAGCGGAUGUUCAGUCAUGGGGGAGGUCCACUCAUCAACAACGGAUGGGAACACCACUGAGACGAGGAUAAAUGUGCCUCUUCACUCUCUCGCUGAGAAGCCGUGUCUGCAGGUGUGGCAGUCAGAUCCUCCUCUUCAAGGUGCAAGAAUUCUUUGCCCAGACUACACGCACAGCAGAUGUGGCUUAUAUGCUGUGACAGCUCUGAUAUUUGUGGUUAUUGCUACGUUGUUGGGAGUUUUCAUCCACCGUCUUACCAAGAGUGGAGCUGCAGGUUGGCUCUGUAUCCAGAAGCCAGUGUUGCUGGUGUGCUCAUCAGAGCAGCCAGCCCAUGUCUCUGCUGUCUGUGCAUUAGCCUCAAUCCUGCAGGGGGAGCUAAGCGCCACAGUACAUAUGGUUUUGUGGGCCAUGAGCUCAGCGCAGGCCGGAGCCGGCUCUGGAGUGGCAGAUCUGGGUCCACUUCCCUGGCUGUACGGGCAGUGGGAAGCUGUGCGCAAGGCACAAGGAAAAGUGCUGAUUGUUUGGAGUCCCGAAGCCAAGACGUCCUAUGAGAAGUGGAGGGAGGAGAGAGCAAGCGUGGAUAAAAAUGAGAGAGAAAAGAAAGAUCACAGCAAAGCCGAGGUGAAACAUGAGAAAAUAAGAGUAGAGGUGGAAGAGGAUUCGAAAGUAAACGGAAGAAAGCUGGGAAAAUGCAAAAAGGAGAAAACAGUGGUCAAGAAAGAGUUAGUUAAAUUAUGUGAUGAUAAGGACUGGUACCCCCAGAGUGAACCCUCUGCAGUGAUAGCACCAGUGUUUAUGGCUGCUUUGGCCUGCCUACAGGGGGCGCUGCAGGGGAGCAAAGGUCAAGGAGUGGUCCUUGUCUACUUCCAGGGCCUCUGCCACAGCAGAGACAUCCCAAAGGCCUUCAGAGGAGUCCCUCGGUACUGCUUACCGCAGGAUUUCAGGGGUUUCAUACAGGAGCUGGGAGGGAUGAGAAGACAAACAAAGACUGGUAAAUCCAGCUGGCACUGCUGGCCCAGACUGCUCUCAAAAGUGCUGUCAAUAUGGCUGGCACGGCAGCUAACCCAGAGACUUCAAACACUGCUGCCUCAGAUGCAAGGAAAGAGCAUGCAAGGGCAGAGCGUCACGUCGUCGCUGAAGAUGAUGUCAGAUCAGACGCAGAGCAGGCUCAUGUUGCCACUGGAAGCCGACACGGCGAGGCCAGGAACUGCGCAAGAGCACGAGACUCUUUGCGGGUCACCAUGGAGAGCAGAGAGGCUUUAAUCUCAGGUUUCACGUGUCUGAUGGGGACAGACUUUUGUUCUGGAAACACGAUAUGCACAUGAGACACAGGAGCUGGCGUUCCAUUCUAAACCCUCAGUGCCAAUCACAAAAUGUUUUCAUUAAUUUAACGCCAUCUUGUCAAAAAUGCCGCCACUUGUUUUGUAUAUUAAGAAGAGAAAUACUCCGUCUGGUCUCCUGCAUUUCUGAUGCUGUAGUGACUGAAGCCAUAGUGGACACCUGUCUUAUCUCUGUACAUACGAUAACCAGUAUGGAAAUCUGGUUGCAAAUUAUACCUCAACUUUCCUCAUGAAUGCAUUUAAUGUUUGACCGUGUUGCAUGCAACAAACCGUGUUGCUGCUGUUUACAGGAACUUUCAAAUUUGCAUAGGAUUUUCUAAGCACAGGUGGCGUGCCAAAGCUGUCCGAGGAUUUUCGGGUGAAAAGAGGAAAUGACUUUCUAUUGAAAUGGGUUUUACUAUUUGGCAGUUAAGAUAAGUGUUUGUGCGUUCAGGAGUUUUACAUAUUGUACAACCCCGAUCCCACAAAAAUCGGGACACUGUGUAAAACAAAAAUUAAACAGAAUACAGUAAUCUGCAAGCAAACUGUGUUUACUGACAACAGUUUUACGAAGCGUUCCUCGGCUCAUGUAGUAACAUCCUUUAUCCAAUUAUGU